CUGCCCAGCAUGCUUUGCGGUGAGGUGGAGGAAUAAUGGCAGACUGCGACUUCGAAGUGAUGUCAGGAUCUCGUCAAAACUGAGGCAAAAUGAAGUAAUAAGAGCAGUCAGAAACCAUCAAAAAGCUUAUUUAAGACCCUUGUAUAAGUUACUCACGCUUUUAGGGUAAGUAAACCCUUGAAAUCGUGGGUUUUCGGUCGAGAAAAGUCAGCACCGGCGUUAUGUGGACGAAGUUGCAGGUAUUUCUCUUGGCACUCGGUUUGAAAUAAGCCUCUUCAUCCGCCAACAAGAACAAAGUUACUGACGAUCCAAGAAUGCAGCAACAACAGCCAGAUCCUAAGGAAUGCAAUAUCAAGGUUUUCUGUCGGUUUCGGCCCCAAUCGGACGCCGAGACUAAAGCUGGAGGACAGAUUGUUGUGAAGUUCCCUACACCCGAUACAGCGAUCCACGGAGGUCGUACUUUCACAUUUGAUCGCGUCUUCAAGCCUACUGCGACACAAGAGAAAGUCUAUAGCGAAGCGGCGCAGGCUAUCGUUCAGGAUGUUCUCAAUGGAUAUAAUGGAACGAUAUUUGCAUAUGGACAAACUUCUAGUGGGAAAACACAUACAAUGGAGGGACUUAUUGAUAGCAGUUUACAUCAGGGCAUUAUUCCAAGAAUUGUCCAAGACAUAUUUAAUCACAUUUAUAAUAUGGAUGAAAAUCUGGAAUUUCAUAUCAAGGUUUCAUACUUUGAAAUUUAUCUGGAUAAGAUUAGGGACCUCUUAGAUGUUACCAAGACAAAUUUAGCUGUUCAUGAGGACAAGAAUAGAGUGCCAUUUGUAAAAGGAGGGACAGAGCGAUUUGUGUCCAGCCCAGAGGAGGUUAUGGAGAUUAUAGAUGAGGGGAAAGCCAAUCGACAUGUGGCAGUCACAAACAUGAAUGAACAUAGCUCAAGAAGUCACAGUAUUUUCUUGCUUCAUAUUAAGCAAGAGAAUGUCGAAACGAACAAAAAGCUGAGUGGUAAACUAUAUCUUGUCGACCUUGCUGGCUCAGAAAAGGUCAGCAAGACUCAUGCUGAGGGCUCUGUUCUUGAUGAGGCCAAGAACAUCAACAAGUCAUUGUCUGCUCUAGGAAAUGUAAUAUCUGCUCUUGCAGAGGGAACUAAAUCUCAUGUCCCUUACAGAGACAGUAAAAUGACAAGAAUUUUACAAGAGAGUUUGGGUGGCAAUGCCAGAACAACAAUCAUCAUUUGCUGCUCACCCUCUUCCUUUAAUGACCAGGAAACAAGGUCAACUUUAAUGUUUGGACAAAGAGCAAAAACUAUAAAGAAUGUUGUGGUCAUCAAUGAGGAGCUGACUGCAGAUGAAUGGAAAAGAAGAUAUGAGAAAGAAAAAGAGAAGACUGGGAAAUUAAAGGCUGCACUGAUUAAAUAUGAGCAGGAACUGCAGCGAUGGCGGCAAGGCGAGAAUGUGCCUCCAGAUGAGCAGACAUCUAAUGCUAAGGAGAACAGGAAAAGUGAUUUGUUUGAAAGCAUUCAACAACUGGGAUUUCCUGAGGCAGCUCCUGCUGCCAUGUCAAAUGCAGAGAAAAAGAAAUAUGAGAAUGAGCGGUCAAAACUUUUCUUGCAGCUUGACGAGAGGGAUGAUGAAAUCCAGUCACAAUCCUUGAUCAUCAACCAACUCAAGGAGCAGAUUGCUGAACAAGAAGAGAGUUUGAAGGCAUCUCGCUCGGAUAAUGAAAGGCUACAGACCCAGAUCAACUCAAUCCAAGCAGAAAGUGAGACGUCUAAAACUGAAGUUAAAGAGGUCCUUCAAGCACUGGAGGAGCUUGCCGUCAACUAUGACCAGAAACUGCAAGAAGUGGAUGCAAAGAACAAGGAAAAUGAUAAGCUCAAUGAUGAAAUCACUACCAAGCAGGUAGAGCUGAGUAAGACCACCAAGGCUCUGGAGGAAGUCCGUGACUCAUCGUCAAUCCUGCGUAGACGUCUUGCCGAGAUGAUGAACAGCCUGAUGACUGACCUAGGGGAAAUUGGUACAGUGAUUGGUGGCUCAGCAGCAGAGGUCAAGAAGCCUAAUGUUAACUGCACUGGGAAAUUGGAUGAUGACUUCACUGUUGCCAGGAUUUAUGUCAGCAAGAUCAAAUCCGAAGUCAAGUCACUACACAAUAGAUACAACAGUGCUGAGCAGAAUGAGGGUCAACUUAAAGAGAAGCUGAGUACAUCAGAGACCGAGCUCCAGCAAGCCACACUUGUCAUCUCACAGCACGAAGCCAAGAUGAAAUCACUGGGUAUUGCCAUGAAGGACUUGGAGGGCAAGAAACGCGUGCUGGAGGAAGCCGUAGACUCUCUCAACGAGGACAUCGCCAAACUCAAGGCAGAGGCGCAAAUGCACGUUCUUGCACUCCGAGACAAAGAACAGGAGCACGAGGGCAUGCUGGGAAAUGCCAAGCAAGUGGCGUCGGAGCUGGAAAAGCAGAUGGAGACGCAUCGGGAGACGCACCAGAAGCAGCUGGCCAACCUACGCGACGAAAUCGAGUCCCAACACGCCCUUAUUACCUCACUCAAGGAGCAGAACCAGAAGAAAGACUUACACGCCGAGCAACUCAAGGGCGAGUACGAGAAACUCAAGAAGGAACUUUCCGAGAAGUCCAACAGGUUGAACGAUAUGAGCGUCCAAGUAGAAAAAAAAGAACAGGCCAGAAAAGAUCUCCAAGGUCUCGAAGAAACUGUGGCUAAGGAGCUCGCGACACUUUACAAGUUACGACAGCUGUUUGUCCGAGACUUGCAAGCUCGCCUCAAGGUGACUGCAACAGAAAGUGAAGCUGAGGAUGAUGGCGGAAGUCAAGCACAAAAACAAAAGAUUGCUUUUUUAGAGAACAACUUGGAUCAGCUGACGAAAGUGCACAAGCAGCUUGUUCGCGACAACGCUGAUCUAAGAUGCGAAUUACCCAAGCUGGAAAAACGCCUGCGCGCGACGCAAGAGCGAGUCAAGUCAUUGGAACACGCCCUGAAGGAGGCGAAACAGGGAGCCCAACGGGACAGGUCGCGGUACCAAAAGGAAGUGGAACGGAUUAGGGAGUCCAUGAGGCAGAAACAAGCGGCGUCCAAGAAGAGCGCCCAGGCCCACAUAGCUAAACCCAUCCGCGCAGGCCAGCAGGGUACUUCACAAGGCGUGCCCAUCCGUGGAGGGGGCGGCGCCGCCCUAGGUGGUGCCCUACUGGGAAUGGGACGGAUAGCCGCCCUAGGGUCUAAUGUACCGAGUAGCCCUAGUAACCCUAGUGUACCGAGCUCACCGAACGGAGCUACUGUCGGCAUUGUGACACCUGUCAUCCGCGGCAACCGCAGCAGUGAGCCUGUCGUGUCCUACAGUAAGCGGAUCCGGAACGCUGUCAGCACUGAGUCACUCAACCGCCAUCUGCACCAGUCUGCUUCAGGCACACAUCCCAAUGUGAAUGGUGCUAUGGGAAUGGACGAUCGCCGCCGAAGCAGUGGCUCUCAUGCCGCAAUCCUCUCGUCCAGCGGUGAUAUAAUGAGCAUGCGCUCCUCUGCCAGUGUUGACCGACUAAAUAUGAUGCCCCUCGGGGAGGGUGCGUCAGGUCGCAAGCUUCAGGCGAUGUCUGACGGCAGUCAUCGCACGGUAAAGCUGCCUGGACGAGAUGGAGAAAUUGUAGCACUGAAGAAAGCUGGUAGGAGAUCGUCAUCUAACCAAAACCUUGCAAGUGGCAGUGCAGAGAAUGUUGAGGGCCCAUGGGAGGUCAGGAAACCAGUAUCAUAGUAUUAAUACCACGACCGGACAAAUAAUCUGGCCAUAGCAACCAGCGCCCUGACGUUCUUUCAAAAGACGAUGACAAGUCUUUAUUUUUAACUUACGAGAGAGUUGAUUUUUUGAGUGGACGUGGUUCUGACUUGUAUGGUCCCAGCCUUUGAAAGUGACUGAGACUACGGGAAUUGGGCUUGUCUGAACCUGUCUUUAUCCACUACAAACCUUCACCAAAACCUUUAAUACCCGCUCAGAUCUAUUAAGUAUUCCAUUUAUAAAGUAUUUUGGGUCCUAGAUGUCCUGCGUUCAGCUUUCAAACACAUUGACGCUGUCACGUUACACUCUAGUAUUAAUAUUGUGGCGCGUGACGUGACACUGAUGUUGUAUUAAUAUUGUGGGGCUUGGAGACUCGAUAGUCAUUUCUGUUUUGGCUGUUGAUUUUUAUUUGUUAGAACGGUCUGUUAUUUAUAAACUAAAAAUUUACUAAUUCAAAGAGAUUUGUCUUUUUGCCCUUGGAAAAAGAUCUCUGAUUUAUUAGUGAUCUGCUUGAUUUAUUUCUUGUGAUAGUAGAUUAGUAUUUAGCAUGACUUACACCACUAAGGAGACUAAUAAUCGUGUCGGAAGCCGCGUGUGUGUUGCGUUGGAAUUGACUGGAUUGAGAUUGUGUCAAUUACUAUAGAUCAACCAAUGAAAGGACACGAUUGCAAGGCUCGUGACUGAACAUGUGAAAUCAACCAGUGAGAGGACAUAGAAGGCACGUGGAUGGAAAUGGGAAAUCAACCAAUGAGAUGACAAGGCUCGUGACUGAACAUGAGAAAUGAUUCUGGAUGGUACCAUAGUAUUUGCACGGGGCUUGGAAUGACCGCUGACCCCUAGGUAUCUGGGUUUCGGCAGUAGUAGAGAUGGGAGAUCGUAAUUAUCAGUUUCAGGAAUGGGUUCAUGGAGUUUGUCGAUUCGGAUCUGCUGCAUUAUGAUAAGAUGAAUCUAUAAACCCUUUUGUCUAAAGCGCGCUUAGAUUAAGUGGUCACGUGACUUGUGUUGACCUCACGGGUAAAAUAAGUGGGAGAGUACCUGGGAACUCGCUAUGAACCAUGGGAUCCCCCCGUGAUGCCAUGCUGACGUUUUUGUACAGGGUUUUUCAUUAGAAGAGUUGAAAAUGGAAACAUUAGAGUUGAGGCCAAAGUUAGCUUUUUUAUUAAUUGAGUAUACAAGUUAUUGCUAUAGUGCAAUAAGGUAAUGUUUAUUGCCAAAUCUAGGCGAGUGGGUGCCAUAAUAAAAACCACGGGUACUGAA